CUCCCUCUGCUAAGCAUCUUUUCCUUACUUUUGUUUUAUCUUCUUUUUCUCCAUUUUAAUUUCUUCUUUCUUCCUUUUCUAUUCUUCUUCUUCUUCUUCUUCUUCUUCUUCUUCUUCUUUCCCUCUCAUUCUUCUCAACCCCCCCUCCCUUUUUCUCUUAUUCACUCACUUCUUCUUCUUCUUCUUCUUCUUCUUCUUCUUCUUCUUCUUCUUCUUCUUCUUCUUCUUCUUUCUCACCAUCAUUUCCUUCUUCUUCAACAAUUCUCUCUUCUUCUUCCUUCUCCCUUCUUCACUCUUUUUCACAUUCAAUCACAACAAUCCUUCUCUCUGUUUUUUUUCCAGGUUAGUUUGCUUGCUUUCCACGUGGGUUUUUAUCUUUUCUUCUCUUAUCAUCAUACCAUUCGAAUAUUUGGAUGAUAAUCUCUCUACCCAUUUGCUGAUCUCCCCUGAUUUGGCUGAUCAACUCCAUAAUUCUUCCCCAAUUGUUUUUUUUUAAACUGUGGAAUAGAAUUCAACCAAGUUUUGUGAGUAUUGUUGGGAAUGGUAUAAGAACAUUGCGAUUGCUGGAGUUUUGGUAAAGCAAGGAGGUCUAAUCUGUGAGUGAUUUUAGUUUGUGUGUGUGUUCAAGUGGAUUUCGGAUUCCAUGGGGCUCUGUCAUGGAAAGCCCAUUGAACAAAACCCAAAACCCAAUUCUGAAAACCCCAAUUCAGUGAUUCAAUCUGAAACCCCCAAAACCCCAACCAGUUUCCCAUUCUAUAGCCCCAGUCCUCUGCCCAAUCUCUUCAAGAACUCUCCGGCCAACUCCAGCCUCACCUCCACCCCUCUCCGCCUUUUCAAGCGCCCCUUCCCGCCGCCAUCUCCGGCCAAGCACAUUCGGGCUCUUCUCGCUCGCCGCCAUGGCUCCGUCAAACCCAAUGAGGCAUCUAUCCCCGAAGGAAGCGAGUGCGAUGUAGCCUUGGAUAAGAACUUCGGCUACUCCAAGCACUUUGCCGCUCACUAUGACCUUGGUGAAGAAGUGGGUCGCGGCCAUUUCGGCUAUACUUGCUCUGCCAGGGCUAAAAAAGGCUCCUUCAAAGGCCAACAAGUCGCUGUCAAAAUCAUCCCCAAAUCCAAGAUGACUACUGCAAUAGCUAUAGAGGAUGUGAGAAGGGAAGUGAAGAUACUGCGGGCCCUCACUGGACAUAAAAACUUGGUGCAGUUCUAUGAUUCAUAUGAAGAUGAAGAAAAUGUCUACGUUGUGAUGGAGUUAUGCGAAGGAGGUGAACUUCUUGAUAGGAUACUUUCGAGGGGUGGCAAGUACUCAGAGGAAGAUGCAAAAGUUAUUAUGGUUCAGAUUUUGAGUGUGGUCGCUUACUGUCACCUUCAAGGUGUGGUUCAUCGUGACCUCAAGCCUGAGAAUUUUCUUUUUACAUCAAAAGAUGAGACUUCCACUCUUAAAGCUAUUGAUUUCGGGCUGUCUGAUUAUGUAAAACCAGGUCUGGACUCUGAACUCUUGUUUUUAUCCAACCAUCUAUUUGAAAUUAGACUGCAGAUUUCUGACAUUUUGAUCCUUUAUACAGAUGAGAGAUUGAAUGACAUUGUAGGAAGUGCUUAUUAUGUUGCUCCUGAAGUUUUACAUAGAUCAUAUGGAACCGAGGCAGACAUGUGGAGUAUUGGUGUAAUUGCUUAUAUUCUCUUGUGUGGAAGUCGACCAUUUUGGGCUCGAACAGAAUCUGGUAUUUUUCGAGCUGUUUUAAAGGCAGAUCCGAACUUCGAGGAAGCCCCAUGGCCUAGUUUAUCUAUUGAUGCAAUUGAUUUUGUGAAGAGACUGUUGAACAAAGACUAUCGCAAGAGAUUGACUGCUGCUCAGGCCCUGUGCCAUCCGUGGUUAGCUGAUCACCAAGAUAUCAAGAUACCAUUGGAUACGAUUACUUUCAAGCUUGUCAGAAGUUAUAUUUGCUCAUCUUCACUGCGCAAAUCAGCAUUGGGUGCUCUUGCAAAGACAUUAAGUGCUGUUCAACUAGGUUAUCUUCAGAAGCAAUUUACACUGUUGGGGCCUAACAAGAAUGGGCUCAUUUCCAUGCAAAACUUCAAGACGGCUUUAAUUAAGAACUCAACAGAAGCAAUAAAGGAUUCGAGAGUUCUUGAUUAUGCCAACGUGGUUAGUUCCAUUCAGUACAGAAAAUUAGACUUUGAAGAAUUCUGUGCGGCUGCCAUAAGUAUAUAUCAACUAGAGGGAAUGGAGAACUGGGAGCAACAUGCCCGACAUGCUUACGAUCUUUUUGACAAGGUUGGGAACCGACCAAUAAUGAUUGAGGAACUUGCCUCGGAACUUGGACUUAGUCCUUCGGUACCGGUCCAUGUGGUUCUCCAAGACUGGAUCAGACACUCAGAUGGGAAGCUUAGCUUCCUGGGAUUUGUCAGACUUCUACAUGGUGUCUCUUCUCGCGCAUUUCAAAAGGCAUAAAAAAAAAAAAAAAAAAAGAACUCAGACAAACAAACCCAAAAUUUUCUAUUGUUAAACUUCCUUGACCAAAAUCGUUGAAGGAAUUCGAUAUCAUUCUGAAUUCGGCCGUGCCGUAGUGAAGAACCAUAAUAAUAUGAUCCUGCUCAGAAGGAAUAGGGUUGCUGAAGUUGUUGCCUAAGAAGCUUGUUGGUGCAUGUUGUGAUGUGGGGUGUAAUUUGUUGUAGUUUUGCAAGUUGUUGCUUACGUUUUGUCAUUGAAGUGAUUGGUGGGGGUUGAAAUUUAGAGGAUUAUUGUACAGUGGAAGAAUAGAGGAGGAUAAUGUACCCAGGUUUAGCCAACUACUUAAAACUCAAGAGUUAAGAAGAAGGCCAUUCAUGGCUCUUUGGCUUUUA